AUGCUCAGAUUCGAGACCAGGAGACUUUUUAACAAGGCUAGAAAUUCUUGCCUGCCUUUGCACUGUGAAACUUUUAGGAACGCUCAACGCAGGUAUAGCAGAGAAAUAGUCAGAAAUAAACGUAGUAGUUGUAGAGAGUUUUGCGAAAACGUCGAAAGUGCUCCAGAAGCCUCCAGACUGAACAGAAUACUCAGUUCCGACAAUCACAUCCAGUUGGGAUGCCUUAAACCAACAAUGGGCUAUACAAUCAACCUUACUGAAUUCAUCGAAUACCUCAUGAAGACUGGCUUCCCAGGUUUUCGAACUGUCGACAAUCAUUCUACCGCUCACGCUAGACGCAGGGAUGUCUUCAAAGCCAGGGAUUGGUCAUUAGCGGCGAAGAUAGUUUAUCUCAAAGGUGUUGAAUGGGCCGUCAAAACCUUCAAACCCUAUAAAUCACCUGGACCAGACGGAAUCUAUUCCGCCUGUUUACAAGAAGGACUGGGCCUAUUGAUAAGCCCCCUAGUUAAAGUGUUCAGAGCUAACAUAGUUUUUAGACACAUGCCCAUUGUCGGGAGUGGUACUAGAGUCACUUUUAUAUCUAAACUAGGCAGGAAUGGCCACAUCUUGGCCAAAGACUUCAGAUCCAUCAGCCUUGCCCCUUUAUUCUGA